AUGAGUUUAUCUAGAAUCGUGAUUGGAAUGAACAGCUUCCGCUGUUCUGAAGCUCUUAUCGGAGGCCUUUUCGGCGUGCAGUUUACACGAAUUGGAUAUGCGGGAGAUUACACAGAAGUAGUUGAAGCCAAUUACAAUAAGUCAAUUAUUUCUCUAUCCGAGAUAUUACAGCUGUUCUUCGAGAACCAUGACUACUCUGUUGUGUAUCCAAAGCGUUACGCCUCAGUGAUCUACUACACGGAGGAAGAGCAACGCGAAGAAUCUGAAUACUAUAUGAAACAAUAUCUUAGUGGAGAUGUUGCAACAGAAUUGAAACCUCUCACGAACUAUAUUGAUGCUGAACACAUGUACCACAAAUAUUACCUACAGAAUACUCCAACAAUGAUGUUGCAGCUGUUGCACGAGUAUAAUUGGGAUAUUCGAACACUCAACGCUUGUCUUUCUGGAUUUUACGAUACAGAAUAUGUUGCCAAGAUCCUGGACAGUAUUAAUGUCCCAGACAACAUCAAGCUAGAAUGCAAGCUACGUGCCUCGCGAGCACUUCCGCAGUGUAUACUUUUGUAA